AUGAACCUGGCAGUGCUGAAAGAAAUCGAGGAGACGCGCCGGUUUUUAGAGGAGUGCUGCGUCCAAGAUCUUAUACGGCUCCAGACAGCACGCAACGUAUUCGAACGGCAUAUCAGCCGGAUAGAGAGCUUCGCGAAUGAAACAACGAAUCCCCGGCACGAGGAGAUCGGAAGCCUUCUCCUUGACACGCUGCAAAUGACGCCGAGCCGGCAGACAUGCGGCAACGAAGACAGGAUGCUGGCCACACCGUCCAUGGCAUCGCCACCGGUGAACCGUGCGACACUCAAUUAUGACCAUUUCCUUGACGAAAUGGCGGGCGGCAACGCAGCGGCUGCAGCAGGUAUGUGGCAAAGUCGUCUUGCUGGCGAGAGCGAUGCUGACGCACGCAAGCGGCCGACGCUAGAGUCUAUCCCUGAAGACAAGCGCAACCGUACCCCGCCAGAGGACCGCAGUGUGCCCUGCCAGGUUCUGGUUGUGUUUAAGCGCAAGCGUAUCCUUCAAUUCGAGUCUCCAACGUACGUUGCUCCCGGUGAGUAUGUCGUGGUUGGUGGUGAUCGUGGGGAAGACAUCGGCCUCGUAACGCACUCGUGGACACUCGGUGAGCGCGACCACAAUGGUGAGAAGAAGUGGGCGGAGGGCGUCGGAAAAGUGUUGCGUGUUGCAAGUGCGCUGGAGGUGUCGCAGCUGCAGGGCGUCCAGACGGAGCUGGAGGACCGCGCGGUGGAGGUGGCGCAAAAGAAAGUAGAAGAGCACGGUCUUCCAAUGUGUAUCGUCGAUGCUGAGUACCAGUUCGACCGGAAGAAGCUCACGUUUUACUACCGGUCGCAGCACCGGUUGGACUUCAGAACUCUUGUGCGGGACCUUUACAAGACGUUCCGCGCCCGCAUUUGGAUGGAGCCGGAGGUGCCCUCGUAG